AUGGAGAUCCAGCUAUCCAACAAGUUCGCCUUGGCUUCCGAAAUCAAAAUGAGCAUUGAGAUUCACGAAUACUUCUCAUUGCCUUCCAACAGCGGACACAACGCAAACAUUCCCCCCGUCAAACGUGGCGGGGAGAUUCCUUUGCAGGAGGAGCGCCCAGCGAAGAGGUUCAGGUACAGCGAAUCAGAGAUCACUCAAAGUGUGAAGGUACUCGUGCACCACUACGGUCUUGACACAGCUCAAGAAGAGGUCUUGACAGCUCUGGUCAAAGAGCACGAAGUGGUCCCCACAGUCGAAGAGGUUGAGUGGGUCGUCCAAGAGGCUCAGCUUCGUGAUGGUGAUCAGGCGCUCAACUGGCCCAUGUUCUAUUUCAUGGAGUUCUAUCCAUGGUACUUGCGUUUGCUCAAGGACGACCAUCGAGUGUUCGUGGGUAUAUUCGAACAUCAGAAGGAGAAGCGCGAUCUCUGGGCCAGUUUCACACCCAAAAGUCAAUUCCACCUUAACGGACCCCUACCUGGCAAACAGAAGAAUGUGUUCAGACUCAAAGCCGAACUCCGCCCCUAUAUCAAAUGGCACGCAUCAUUCGAGGAGUUGUUCCAGCUCAGCAACAUCAAAUCUGACAGUUUCGAAGACCUCGCCGGAGCCAAGAAGGCACAGCAACAGCAAACCGCAUACAUCAAAGCUGUGAUGAAGGUUCUAGCCCGAUUUCCUGGGCUCAUCUUUGACCGUAAUCUUCAUGAAGGUGAACAGAGUAACCAACUUUACGGACCAACAUGGGACGCCUUUCCCUUCUUGAACAGAGAGGAAAGAUCGGAGCAGAACCCUCUGAACGACCUCUUCAAGCUGCUCUGCUCGAUCAAGGUCGGAACGAUCAAAUCUUUGAAGAAGCUGAGAGAGGAUGAUGAAGAUGACGACGAUGAUGAAGAUUGA